AUGAUCUACACCAAUAUAACAACUGUAAAGGACUUCUACAUCCUUGGGUUUCCAGGACUUCUGCCACAAUACUAUGGACCGGUAUCAGCCCUUCUUCUCCUCACUUUCUUAGCUAUUGUUUUUGGUAAUGGCUUCAUUUUAGUUUUUGUUGCCUGGCAAAGGUGUCUUCAUAAGCCGACGUACCUGAUAUUUUGUCACCUUGCUUUGACAGAUAUUGCUUUUGGGUUUGUAACUCUACCUAAAAUCAUCGCCAGAUACUGGUGGAAUGACAUGGUUGCAUCAUUUGGUGCCUGCUUCACUCAGAUGUAUUUUGUUCAUGCUUUAGGAGCUAUUCAUUCCCUCAUUCUGCUGAUUAUGGCCAUUGAUCGCUUUAUUGCCAUAUGUAUUCCACUGAGAUACCCAGUUCUGCUUACAAAUAAGAUUGUUUCUAUUGUUUGCGUGAUGUUUUGGAUUGUGACAUUUUUCAGGAUGGGUGUGGUUGUGUGCCAUGCUCUCACUCUGCCUUACUGCAAUUCCAACGUCAUUGCACAGUGCUACUGCGACCGCAUCUCAAUCGUCAGACUGGCGUGCAGAAAAGACAAAUACAUUGAAGAUGUGGCAUUUGGAUUUGCAAUGUUCAGCCUACUGUUUCCACUUUCAUUCAUUGUUUGUUCAUAUUUUGCAAUCAUCAUAUCUGUUCUGAAACUUUCCAGCUCAGAAGGACGCUACAGGACUCUGACCACCUGCACGCCACAGAUCGUCAUAACGAGCCUUUAUUACAUACCGAGAUGUUUCGUUUAUCUGGCAUAUUUUUUGGGGUUUAAAUUCCCAAAUGCAGAUAUACGCAUUACUGUGAUACUGUUAUAUAGCCUUCUCCCUGCUGCAGUUAAUCCACUUAUAUACUGUUUUAAAACUAAAGACAUUAAGGAAAUACUGAUUAAGAAACUGAAAAGCACAAAAAUUGGAAUUCAAAGGUCUCCUACUAAAUACUAG